ACAGCAUUUCAGUUUAACUUCCAAAUCGAUCCGGCCGGUCGCCCGACAACUUGCAAACUUCGUACAAUUUUAAGUUCCUUAAAAUGGCUUUUGUAGACAAAUUUCUUUAUUGCAUUGAUCUGAAGUACGGUGUACUAAUAAUUGGGUUUGUAGAUAUGAUCUUGAGUAUGCUUUGCGGAAUGUACUUGCCAUGGAUACCGCGUAAACUUGAUUACGAUAAGAAUUUCCUUACCUUGGGGCCGUUAACCUCGAAGUUGGGAAUAGAUUUGUCUGACACUAGAUUUUUAGGGGAAAAAGACUUUUACUAUAAUAGAUUCGGCUAUGCAAUGUAUAUAUUCUGUUUGGUUGUACUUGUCCUUCAUAUUGGUGCCUGUAUACUCACCAUAGCUUCCACACUUUCGGAGGAAAAAUGGAUGUCUGCCCCCUAUAUAGCCACUGGCCUGAUGCGUUUCGUUAUUUUACUCUUAAUUUUGAUUUGGAUAGUUGCCAAGUCGUUUGACUGUACCACCAGUUUUUGGUUGAUAGGUUUAAGUCUGUUUUCAGCCACUUACUUCUGGCUAACCGUUGUUUCUUGGUAUAGCCCGCCGAGCGCAGAAUAGAAUGGUUAACAGGACUUAGCUAAAGUUAUAAGUAUUAAGCACACUGUCUCCAAUUAAGUAGGAAAACAGUCACUGGCCCCAGUUUUCCCUCUAACAUUUGGUUCUCCAUGUUUUUGUGUCAUAGCCGGACGAUCAUAAAAUGUCAUAAUCAGGCGUUUUUAAAUUAUCUAGUACCCUUUCAAUACUUUUCAAAUUCAAACGCACUUCAAAGUCAAAGCACUUUUUCCGAUCAAA